AUCAUCCCCAACCCGCUGCCACCUGCAUCCACAGGCCAGCGUCCUCUGAUGCGCUGCCACACAGCGCGCUGAGCUCCACGCCGCCCGCGAUGGCGCCUCUCUCCUCUCCGUCGCGGCCCGCGACGCGCAGCACUGCCGUGCGCCGCAUCGUCGGCGAUGCGCAGCCAGCCAGCGCCGUCACCGAGCUGCCCCCGGCAGCCGAUCACGACGAUCUGUUCGGCAGCAGCGACAGCGGCAGCGACGACGAGGGCGAUAUCAGUGGCACGUCGGCCUCUGCCGUGGACGCCAUCACACGUGCAGCAGCUGCAUCGCCGCCGGCACCGCGCCUCGCUGGCAUCGCCUUGCCGCUCGGACGCGGCAGCAACCGCACGUCAGCCACCUCAACACCCGCGAAGGGCCUCUCGCCUGCGCCGGCAGCAUGCCGCACUAGCCCCAGUGAGCCCGCCGUCGGCCCUGUGGCCGGCGGCGCGGUGAGAGGCCAUACACAAAAUGUGCGCGCGCCUCCGGCAGCCUUGCCAUCCCUUCCUUCCCAGAACCGUCCUGAACGCCGCCCUCUCGGGCCUUUCUCCCCUUCCGUUCCCACAGGCACCCCGCUAGGCUCAUCUACGUCACGCUCAAGAUCAGGCACGCCGCGAUCGUCUCGCCAAGACGAUGAUGCUCGAGCUUCGAGUAGCCGACGGCCUGCCUCGCCUCGCGACAGCCAGAGCCUCGAGAAAGUGUCGUGGCCGUCGCCAAGCACGGAGCAGGGCGGUAAGGCACUGCCGCCUGCUCGCUUCGCACCCGCAGAGCAGCCAGGCACGCUGGAGAACGAGAUGGGAACGAGCGCACGCCUGAACAAGCGCGGCGGCCUCGCCGCGACGGGCGCAGUGACUGACAUCGUGAGCCGGGCGAAGAGACAGCGCAUCGCCGGUCAAGAGGCUCGCACACGCCGCGAGAGCGCUCCAGUCUCAGCGUCCGGCAGCGCCUCUCCGGCUCCACGUCGCGUCGCAGCACCAGUACCGCCGCCCCGCCGUCCGGAUGCCAGACCGGUUGCUGUUCCGAGCGCUGCUAGCACAAAUCUCAGUCUUGAUGCCGCAUCCACAUCCGCGCUCUCGGGCGACCAGAUGUUGCAGCUUUUGCUCGCGCAGAUGGAAGACUCGCAGGUCAAUGGCGGCAGCCCUCGCAGCGCAUCUGCCGGCGACCCGAACGUUCCAUCGCCGCUGCGCUCAGGAGCAGAUCUGAUGCUCGGCUCUCCGGCUGCGCAUCCGCCCGGCACGCCUCGAUCGGUCAUCUUCCGUCCGCCGCCGGAUCCUCUGCAGGCUAAGGGUGCCGGACCUCAGUCUCGCCGUCUCGCGAAGCCUGCGCUGCCCAAGGACCUGCAGGACGGCAUCAGCGGCAAGACUGCGACUGCGUCGACUCGGCGCCAGACAGCAUCGUCGCGCAGUCCAGACCCCGACGUCAGCAUUCCGCGCUCUUUACUCGAGUCUCUCAUCGCUGCCAACAGCGCCGGCAACCUGCCGGCCAACGCACAGGCAGCACUGCAGCGUGCGCUCGCGGCGUCUGCCUCCAGCGAGGCGCCUUCUCCUGCGGCCUCGACGCCGAGAGCCCGUGUCGGCAGGGCUCGAGUUGAGAGAUCGCAGUCUGCGCUCAGCACUGCCGCGAGCACCAGCGCCAGCGGCUCUGCCAGCCCACUGCCGGAAGCUCCCGAGGCAGCCGGCUCCUCUGCUCCGGCCGCGCCAGCAUUCCCAGUCGAUCCUCGUCCCGAGUCAGUCGAGGCCAUGCUCGCACGCCAGCUCGCCGACGCCACGACUGUGCAUGCGCGUCUGGUCAGCAAUCUCUACCGUCUCAAGGUGGAUGCCUACGUGCUGGCCUCGGCGCGGCAGGUGGUCAACGAGCGCAUCGCCACGCAGCACGACAUUGCCUAUCGCCGCAGCUUCAUCAAUCAGCGCGGGCCCGGCUCGAUCUCGGGCCCGCCGAUCGUCGAUCCGCCGCCACUGCCGGUGCCGCCACCGCGUCCGCCGCCGGCUCAGGCGAACGACGCAUCGGAUGAUGCAGCAGCUACGUCGCAGAGCGUCUUUGAGCGCGUGCUCUCCGGCGCCUACGACGUGGACUCCGACUUGCUGAACGGUCUCGGCCUCUGAGGGAGCAGGAAAAAGAGGGAGAUGGGACGAAUAGGCAGGUCGAGGCAGGAUGCCUGAGGGAGGAAAUGGAGAGAGAGCGGAGAAUGGAAGGCCCCCGUAGGGCAGCAGAAGAGAAGCAAAAGAGCCCGACAAGACUGCCACGCCCAGCAGCGGCCAGAUCCGUCCUCAUCGUCACGCGUCACCCACAACCACACACACACAUCACUGGCUACCGUCUAAUUCCAUCCAUGCAUGCGUGGCGCCGCGGGAGGCACAGAGAACGGAGAGCUGGGGUGAAGGGGACGUGUGUCCUUCACAGACGGACCUUGCUGUCGG